UAUCGAACAUCAAACGUCAAUCAAAACUCACGACAAAUCAAAAGAAUCAAUGAAAUUUAUAUUCAGAUCUUUGUAAAUAAACAAAAAACAUUUAUACAAAUAUAGUAAGUAGUUUUUUUGAAAAUGGAGAUGCCCGAAGUAAAUCAUUGUUUCGGUAUGUUCCCUCCGAAAUAUGGGUGUCUUUUGAUAUCUUGGCUCGGUCUUGCAACUGGAGGGACUGGCCUGGCUGGUAUCAUCAUGUAUGGCAUUGUUCAAGAGCAAAUCAUUGCUCAUUUCAUGAAUACAACCAAAGUUGAUGAAGGUUCGAAGAAAAUGGCUCUAAUGUCAAUUGGAUUCACUUCUCUGAUGUUGUUCAUUGGAAAUGGUUUGCUGUUUUUAGGAGUAACGUUUUCGUCUAAGUCCUGCGUCAAAUAUUUUGUAUACGUGACUUUUGCCAUGUGCCUUAUAAUGAUCAUGGGUUGUAUCGGUGCACCUGUAUCGUGUUUUUUUCUCGCAAAGACUUGUGUAAUGAAAAAAAUAUCUUCACCCGCUAUGGUCAUUGGUUAUUUAGGUUUUACCAUAUUUAUAGAAUUGUGGUUAUAUUUUAUGGUGGUGGGGUACAAUUUCAAAGAAUCAUUAUAAUUUAGAUUUCUGUCUGACAGAUUUUGUGCAAAACUAGAAGUGGCCUGUUUUAAUCCUGUUUCAUAAUUAUUCAUGGCAAUUGUGAAUAGAAAUGACCGCUUUCAUGCUCACGGAAUCAUUGUGUUACAAAAAAGUUAAUGUAUUGUGAACUUUUUUCCUAAUCUGAACACUCAAAUAAACUUUGAGAAACUAAAA